AUGGCCAGUUUUGCGGGCCACAAGAGCGUGCCAUUGGAUGAGAUUCUCCAGCUUCACCAAAACAUCCAUCUUCUCGGCCCCGGCGUACGGGAAUGCCUAGUCUGUUGUACCAACGACGACGUGAUGGCGGCGCUGCUGGAUGGGUUGGCUACCCUCUGCAUACUCUAUGAAGCCGCACGCGUCAAGUACUCGGAAGCAAGUGCGUCAGGGGACGUGAACUGUUCCACCCGUGUCGCGAUACAUCCGGCCGCCCACCCCUUCCCAGGCGAUUCGACCGCACCAGCUGAAAAGACAGGCGAGGGGAACGAGCAUCAUGUACACCCCACACCCAAAUCAGUACCCAAUGCUAUACCGCCAGUGGUUCUUGGGAGGGUUGAACUCACGGAUACCGAAGCACAUUUAGUUGCUGCCACACUCAUCAAGCAAGGGCUCUCCCAAAUCCGCUCACACCUCCGAGAUCUACAACAACACAUGACAAAGUGUCUAAUGGCCGACAAGAUGACACGCAGCAGUUACGAUAUAUACAAAAGAAGGCUGCGUGCCAUAUUGUUGCCGCGCCCCACCUUCUAUCUCUUCCCAGACAACAUUGCAAUACAGAAACAAAUUUCGAUGUCGCCCGUGACAGACCGGAUACGGAACUGUUGCGACCAGUGCGCCCAUUCCAAGAUCAGAUCCACCGGAGCCGGCCAGGAUCGUCCUUCAUCGACUACUGCGGCAUUAUCCUCAUCGCCUGUUAUGAGAGUAGCCCCAGCCCUUCCCGGCGAGUCCAACCGUGAUCAAUCACAGACGAUACUUGAUGGAGAAGUUUCGCACUAUGUUGAUCAUGAUCACCACACCGACGUUCCUGGAGCUGGCUUGGCACUGGAUGAUACGAUUGUGGAUUUUCUGGACUCGCUGGCCAAUCCGCAUUUGCAGCAUCCCCUAUCAGCAGAUCACUUGGCUUCGGCGCCGGACAUACCCAUGGAUAUCAACAAUGCAAUUUACAACCAGACACAUGAGGAUGUUUUCAUGAGCAUCGAGCAGUCCCUGACGAUGACUGACCUGAGCACUCCAUUAUCAUCCCCGCCCGCUGACAGCUCUCAACUUGAACAAGGGCUGUCGGGCCUCCUCGACGAUUCCAGGAUAAGCAGAAUUGUGGAUGGUAUGAUAAACUCCCCAUUACAGGAGAGAUGUCUCGCAUGCGCCACAGAUUUACGCGACCAGUGUUUACAUGCUACCGCCCAUGGCGGCUCGGCCGACGACAAGCUGUGUCGAUGUCCUACGAUGCUGAACAAGUUAUAUCUUGUUGUCAUGGACCCUAAGCUAUCUCAGCCCACCAGACUGCUGCCCUUGGACUUGAUCCUCUUUCUGGAACAGGCUCUGCAGAAUACUGUUGAGAUGAUGAAGCAAUGCACGGUCUGUGGCAGCUCAAUUCUCUCCUCGGCAAAUGGAAUUACACUGUGCAUGGCCGCGAAUUGGAUAGUCAACAGCAUCCAGAUAGCGCUGGAGAGCGAACUUGACACGUUUACAAGUAGGAUGUCGUCGCAUUCAUUAUGGGGCUGCCCUGAGCGCCACACCAUAGAGGUGGGCGCGGCGAGGGAGCACCAUCAUGGCAAUGCUACAAAGGCUGCUGCUGUGCCGCCGUCCCUGGACCCUCGCAACUCCUUGAGGAUUGGGAUAUGGAGCGCAUCGAGCGAGGCAUGGGCUUUAUGCGUAUCUGCCAUUCUAGCAAAACGAAUCAAGAGAAUACAACAAAUGCUCUCUGCGGUAGGCGGAAAUAGGAUGGAGGUCGCGGAGAUGGCCAACAACACGACAACAGUCAGGGCAAAAUACGAGAUGGCAAAAGACAUACGCACCAAGACGGAUUUACUAUUGGGCAUGGUUAGAACCUGGGUGUAUGAAUGCCACCGGCGAUAUUGA